AUGGCUAAUAGUGUAUCGAGAAAAUCGAUGAACAGAGAGGCUUCAGAGAACGAGGAUGACAUUGAUAGGAGACUCAGGCUUCUUAAUAAGCCUGCAGUGAAGAGCAUUCAGAUGAAACCCAGCAUUGAAUUGCCUUUAGAAAACAAAGCAACAAAAAGUGAGCCCUCAAAACCAGUAAUAUCUCAGACUUGGCAAAAGAGUGGAAGCUGUCCUAAGGGAACUAUUCCCAUCCGGCGAAUCCGGCGGCAAGACUUGUUGAGAGCUUCUAGUCUCGAGCAAUUUGGGAAAAUGUAUCAGCCUCAGGACCACGUGGCAAAUUCAACCCUCAAUGAAAAUGUUCGAAACUUGGUCAUAAAUGGAACCAAAGUCUCUCUUCCUUAUACACAAGAUCGUUCUCAAGCAGUCCUUUUAACAGCAGGGUUCAGCUACAUAGGAGCUUCGGGCGACAUAAACUUAUGGAAUCCGAACCUUGAUUUGCCAGAUGACUUCACUACAGCCCAGAUAUGGCUUCUAGGCGGCCCCGGCGAUAAGUAUGAAAGUGUUGAAGCAGGAUGGAUGGUGAACCCGAAGUUAUAUGGAGAUAAGCAGACUCGACUUUUCACGCAUUGGACAGUCGAUGGAAGCAAAGCCACAGGCUGCUUCGAUUUGACCUGUUCUGGGUUCGUUCAAACUAGUACCGACGUGGCCCUCGGCUCUGCCCUGGGCCCGAUAUCUUCUGAAGGGGCACAAUAUCAGAUAUCAGUCGGUUUGUUCUUGGAUCCUCAUUCUACCAACUGGUGGCUACGCCUCACGAACAACCUGGUCCUCGGGUAUUUUCCGGGAUCCCUUUUCUUCUACUUGAAGCAAAAAGCCAUAAUGGUCAACUGGGGAGGUCAAGUGUACAGUACGAUGGUGAAGAAGUCUCCUCACACCAGAACUGCCAUGGGAAGCGGGGAGUACUCGGAGGCAUUCCACGGCCGCGCCUGCUACAUCAAAAACGUUAGGAUUGUGGACUACUCACUUUCACUCAAGUACCCUGAAAUGGUUCAGGUUUACAAUGAUGAAGUGUAUUGCUACAAUGGAAACAACCAUAGAGAUACGCCGGUCGAUGAGCCUGUUUUCUACUUCGGUGGGCCAGGACAAAAUAAUUUCUGUAAGUGA